GAGGAUAUACACGUGUCUAGUCUUUAUGAGGGUUUAAAAGUCAACAUAAAGACGGUUCAGAUUUAACAUAGGUAUCUAGAUCGGAUGGUUCUCAAGUAGCUCAGAUCGAAGUAAUGGGUACACUACACACCUAACGCGAAACCUCUGCGUUUCGAAUCGUCUUCGCGACUCGUGUGAGAUUGUUGUAAUCACAGUUGGGGAAAGACUUAACAUUAAAGAUUUACGGGUGUGUUUGAUCGAUUAGUCCCAUCUGGGUUUUUUCUUCAAGUUAAAUUCUUUGUUUCUGAGAUGGAUCAAGCUUCGUCUUCUUCGGAAGGCAAGAAAUCUUUCACUGAUCCUGUGACUGUCGAUGAUAACGAGGAGAGGGAAGCCAUAGAGAUUGUUCUAUUCCAAGUACCUGAAUGCUAUGUUUAUUUGAUACCUCCGAGGAAAACCGCAGCUUCAUACAGAGCAGAUGAGUGGGACGUGAACAAAUGGGCAUGGGAAGGAGCUUUGAAAGUGGUGAGCAAAGGAGAAGAAUGCAUUAUUAAACUUGUAGAUAAAACCACAGGGGAACUUUACGCUCAGGCUUUUCUGCGAGAGGGUGAACUUCAUCCAGUAGAAGCCGUAAUCGACAGUAGCAGAUAUUUUGUUCUCCGUGUUGAAGAAAAGAUAGAUGGUCGUGUUCGACAUGCUUUUAUCGGGCUCGGAUUCCGGGAAAGAACAGAAGCAUAUGAUUUCCAAGCAGCACUACAUGACCAUAUGAAGUAUUUGAACAAGAAGAAAACAGCAGAAGAAAUGGAACAACACUUUCAAAACACUUCAUCUGUUGAUUACAGCUUAAAGGAUGGAGAAACCAUUGUUCUCCAGCUCAAAAAUAGAAGCGAUAAAGACAGCAAGUCAAAAACGGUAGAGAAGAGUCUGGGAAAUCUCUCGUUGGAGGAUAAGGGCAAGUCAAUAGAAACCACCAUUCCUUCAAUCAUCCCGCCACCUCCACCUCCUGGACCGCUUUCCCCGGUAACAACCGCUCAGAAGUCCCCGUCAAAUCUGCCACCAAGCAUCAGCCUCCAAAGAUCGUCUGAACAACAAGAUUUAGAUACAAAGCGAGAAGAAGAAGAGAAGAAAGAAGACCUAAAAGCCAAUGAUGGAGGGGUUGAAGAUGCACCAGAUGAUGACUUUGGAGAUUUCCAAGCUGCGGGUUGAUUUAAACUUAUAAUCUUUUUACCAUACACAAAGAUCGUUUUAUAAGUAAUGACUGAUCAAAGUUUGGAUUGUUUGCUACUGAGAGCUUAUCUUCUGUGUACAAUUCCAAAAUACAAGCCUAUUUCUCUGAACUUUUGAUUA